AGAGGACGUCCAAAAUGGCGCUGCGCUGGGGCAUCGUGUCGGCUGGCCUAAUUGCCAGCGACUUUACCAGCGUGCUGAGCUCGCUGCCUCUCUCGGAGCACCAGGUGGUAGCGGUAGCUGCGAGGGACCUGAACCGGGCAGAAGAGUUUGCACAGAAAUACAACAUCCCCAAGGCCUAUGGCUCCUAUGAGGAACUGGCCAAGGACCCAAAUGUGGAGGUGGCCUAUAUCGCCACCCAGCACCCCCAGCACAAGCCAGUGGUACUGCUCUGCCUGGCAGCAGGCAAGGCAGUCCUUUGCGAGAAACCCAUGGGUGUGAAUGCAGCAGAAGUUCGGGAGAUGGUUGCGACAGCCCGUUCUCAGGGCGUCUUCCUUAUGGAGGCCAUUUGGAGCCGGUUUUUUCCUGCCAUGGAAGCUCUGCGGGAUGUUUUGGUCCGAGGAACUAUAGGAGACCUACGAGUGGCCCGGGCAGAAUUUGGAACUGAUUUAAGAUCUGUACCGCGGGCCACAGACUGGAACCAGGCCGGAGGUAGUCUGCUAGACCUAGGUAUCUACUGUGUCCAGUUCCUCUCCAUGGUCUUUGGUGCACAGAAACCAGAGAAGAUUUCAGCUGUGGGGAGGAUUCAUGAAACAGGUGUGGACGACACUGUCAGCGUGCUACUUCAGUACCCAGGAGGGGUUCAUGGUAGCUUCACCUGCAGCAUCUCCUCCAACCUCACCAACACAGCGUAUGUGAAUGGUACCAAGGGCAUGGCCCAGAUUCUCAAAUCAUGGUGCCCAACAGAACUGGUGGUGAAUGGCGAGCGUAAGGAGUUCCCUCCGCCUGCCCUCGGGAAAGAGUACAAUUUUUUAAAUGGAUCAUGCUUGCUCUAUGAAGCCAACCACAUCCGGGAGUGCCUUCGUAAAGGUCUUAAGGAGAGUCCUGUAGUUCCUCUGGCAGAGAGUGAGCUCUUGGCUGAAAUCUUGGAGGAGGUGAGGAAGGCCAUUGGAGUCACCUUCCCUCAGGAUAAAUGCUGAUGCACCUCCUGGGGUGGAUAUGGCAAGCAAGCUUCCUUCCUACGUGGACCUCCCUAACCUGACCCUCAUUGCUUUGGAGGUUUUGUUGUUGUUGUUUUUUGUUUGUUUGUUUUUCAAAACAGCCUGUGUUCUCAGGUUGGAGAGCAUCCCUUUCUGGUGUGGAGGCUAAUUUUAAUUGAGUCAGGGUCUGAAGAGGAGAUAUGGAGUAAGCAGGAUACAGACACAGGAAGCUUCUUUUUAGGCCAAACAGGUUCUCUCUUUAGGAGAAAACACACACACGCACACGCACACGCACACGCGCACACGCACAUGCACGGCAUAUGGAGUCGCUGCAGGAUUAAGUUCAUCCUCCCCCACUUAAGCCAGACAAAACAGCCCAGUUAGAGGAAUGGAAUCCACAGGCAGGCAACAGAUUCAGAAACUAAAAAGUAAUCAUAAAAAUCUUAAAAGAAUCACAAAUCUAAACUUUUAUAUAAAAAACAGUCAUUUAUACUUUAAAUACUCAGGGUGCAUAUUUAUUCAUUAAUAAUUUUUUAUUAAAUCAUAUUUAUUAUAAGAUAUUUGAUCACACUAUGAACCCCAAGAUUGUGGUAUUGACUGGAAAAAAACUGUUUCUGAUUGUGGUGUGCCUCAGCCCUUAGGACACACACCUUUAACUCCAAACAAUGAAGGUAAUGUUAGUUUGUAAAAGGAAGCACCCAUGUUUGAAAGUGAUGUCUAAUUGAGUGGCAGACAAAGUGACGAAUCAGAUUUGACAGAAUAGGAUAUGCCCAACUUCUAUGAGAACAAAGAGGAAAGAGCGACUGCUUUAAGAGAAAGCAAGAAAGAGAGAUCGGAAGGAGGAAGCAGUUUGCCUGGAGAAUUUUACAGAGACAGGCUUAAGAGAGAACAAGCUAGACACAAAUGAAGACAGAACAAGCCAGAGAAGGAGGGAAACCCAGAAGAUUAGUACACAUUGUCAGAGUUAGUUUAAGCAGAGUAACUCAGUUGAAACUGAGAGAAGCCGAAUUGAAUCAGUCAGCUUAGAAAGGAUUUGAGCCAGAACAGCUGAGUUGAAUCAGCCAGCCAGAGUUCAGAAAGAAAAAGGGGCCGGGCAGUGGUGGCACCCAGUACUUGGGAGGCAGAGACAGGCGGAUUUCUGAGUUCGAGGCCAGCCUGGUCUACAGAGUGAGCUCCAGGACAGCCAGGGCUACAUAGAGAAACCCUGUCUCAAAAAACAAAAAACAAAAACAAACAAACAAAAAGAAAGGAAAAAAAAGGGUGAGCUUACUCAGCAGUAAGUCUCAGAAGCUGAAAACAUUGUAGACCUAGAUAAGAUUGCACAGAGGCUAGAAACUUCCAGGCCCAGGCUCAACUAUCAAGAGUGUGCCUUUCUGAAAUUUAAAUUGUUCCCCAAGAUUUUCUACAUUAAAACCAUUAACAAAAACAUCUUAACCUAACUAUACUAACAUCCACAUCUCUACAUUCUAAGUCUUGUGAUUGAAUCAUUAAUCUGCUCCAGCAGCAAUGCUUGAAAAAGAUCGAUUAUUACUAUUGUAAGAAUCGAUGACACCUGCUGGGGUGACCUUUAUGCGCACUGUAGAGAUCGUCUCUGUAUCAUCCAGACGCUGAUUUCUGUGUUGGCAGGCCAGACUUUGAUAUUGUUAAGCACCGCUUGUCAUAGUGUUUGUAAACACUCAACACAGUCUGAUUGUUUUUAUGAAGAGCUAAAUGGCCUGCAGCUGAGGGAGGAGAAGAACGGAAGUCUUCCGUGGAGAAUUAAGAACUCUGGGAAAGAAUCUGAGGUGGGGAGGUUUGCCAGUGAGACACAGAAGAAGCCAGAUGUAUGAAACUGAGGAAGGGUAACAAGCUACAUGGUAGACAUAGAUUAAUAUAAAUGUGUUAGUUUAAAUUAUAAGAGCUAGUUGGAAACAAAUAAACUAAGGCCUAAAGCUUUCAUAAUUAA